AUGCACACUCCACACAGACAGCACUCCAUUCUCCAAGGGCCCCAGUGCUGUGAGGCAGCCAUACUAACCACUGGGCCAUGAAGCUGCCCUGCUAUAUAAGUGCAGGUGCAUAUUACUGUGACCUGUCCUGAAUUAUUUAAUUGUAAGGAGGUAUUCUGUCCUUCAAAUCUGGGAAGCUUUUUGUGCAUGUCAGGAUGUUUGAAAUAAAAUGAAUGACACAGCACCCGGAGCCUGAUGUGCACAAGAAAAGUGUUGGAUGCUGCUGGUACUUCCAAAGUUGGAGCCAACAUUAAUUUACACUCAUUUAGGCAUUGGGUUAUUCUUACACAUUGCACUAAAUGUCUGUAAUUAACAGUCAGUUUCUCCUAACUCAUUUUGGAGUACUGCUUUGAAAUCUUACUUGGUAAAGAAAUGAAGUCUUAUGAAACCAUAACUAAGUCAUAACUGAUAUCUUGGCUCUUGUGUAAAAUUUGAUGUUUAAUUUACAUUAAUUUUAUUUGAAGCAGUGGUUGGCUCAAUUCGUAUAGAUUUGCAGGUCAUUAGCUGAGAAGGUAUCUACAGAACCAGGUGGCCUAUGGCCGCAGUCCAGGUACCAUAUACCUUUGUAAAUUAAAAGCAUGUGUCGCUGUGAAGCAGGAUUCUACAGCACUGUUUACAGGACACCUGUAGCUGAGGCGUUGUCCUCUUCUCUGAACUGUAAAGUCUAGAAAACGCGACAGGAUUCUGUGUCAGCGCUGUGAAAGGUGUGUUCUUCCUGUGCAAACUGCGAGCGACACGUGAUGGUGAGCCACGUGACCUGGUCUUGUCAUAUGGGAAGGGUGCGAUACUGGAGCACCUGUUGUCGAGCCAGGUGUCAUUUUGUCCAGCCGCUCAACAGGUAAAUCAGGCCGAACUUGGCGAGUGAGUGAGCCAAUCUUAAAGCUAAACGGGUUUUUUUUAAAGAUGCAUAUAUUUUUUUUUUAAUAAAGGUGCUGAAAUCGUUGCUUUAGUGACAACCACGUAAUGCUUUGUGGACUUUAACCUUCCGAAGUAGACGACUGUUAAAUAAGGAAGUAUUAAACUUUUUUUUUAGUUACAGGAGAACUGACAGCUCUACCUGGCCAGGAAGCCACUUAAACCUUACGAUGUUUCGCACUCGGUGAUUCCGGAAAUCGAGUGUUUAAAGUCUGUUUUUGAUUUUUGGAGAUGUAGCCCUUGGAAAAUAACGCAGUUUAGCUGACGUCGGAGGUGAACAGAUUUAUUAACCUCGUUAAGUAAAACGCCGUUAUAGGUGCUGAAAGCUUGCAGUGCCUGUUUUGCAAAGGUAGAAAAGACGCAGUGACAGCAAUUACUUUUCGCCGGGACUCAGUUACUUGGUAACAACAGAAACUAAUACAUUGCGCUGAGAUUGAUUUGGGUGCCGGCGGAGCUCUAAGAUGAACAGCUCCGGAGAGGAAAUGCCAGCUGGCUUCGUGACGGCAAAUUUGUCAUAUGCAAAGGAUUCGAGAUCUCAGCCGCUGUCGUCUGUGUUGUCAGACGACACAGACCGUCGAAAUGGAACAGUUUUGAUUUCCAAAAACUCAACCAUCAGCGAAGAUCAGCUGUUCCUGAACACCGCAGCGGCACAAGUGCUGUCUGGGAUCUUUGUCUGGUCUGCUCUCUUACUGACCUGCCACCAGAUCUAUAUGCACCUGCGGUCUUACACUGUACCAAAUGAGCAGCGCUACAUCAUCCGUAUCCUCUUUAUCGUUCCGAUCUAUGCCUUCGACUCUUGGCUCAGCCUGCUGUUCAUCAGCAAUGGCCAGUACUAUGUUUACUUUGACUCCGUGCGGGACUGCUAUGAAGCAUUUGUUAUUUACAACUUUCUCAGUCUGUCUUUUGAGUAUCUGGGAGGUGAAAGUGGAAUCAUGUCAGAAAUCCGAGGAAAACCCAUUCAGUCAAGCUGCUUGUAUGGCACCUGCUGUUUGGGAGGAAUGAGCUAUUCCAUCGGAUUUUUGCGAUUCUGCAAACAGGCAACUCUGCAGUUCUGUGUUAUAAAACCCAUUAUGGCUGUCAUCACCAUUCUGUUGCAAGCGUUCGGCAAAUAUCAUGAUGGAGACUUCAAUGUGAACAGUGGGUACCUCUAUAUUACCAUCAUCUACAAUUUCUCCGUCAGCCUGGCUCUGUACGCACUCUUUCUCUUCUACUUCGCCACCAGCGACCUGCUCCGCCCUUACGAGCCCGUUCUCAAAUUCCUCACCAUCAAGUCCGUGAUUUUCCUCUCGUUCUGGCAAGGCAUGCUGCUGGCCAUCUUGGAGCGAUGCGACGUGAUCCCUAAGGCCCUGUAUAUCGAUGGCCAUAAGGUGGGAGCCGGGACAGUGGCCGCAGGCUGGCAGAACUUCAUCAUCUGUAUCGAGAUGUUCUUCGCCGCCAUAGCGCUGCGAUACGCCUUCACGUGCAGAGUGUACCAGGAGAAGAAGAGCGACACGCCAGAUAACAUUGCCCCAAUGCAGAGCAUCUCCAGUGGCUUGAAGGAGACGAUAAACCCCAACGACAUGGUCCAGGAUGCCAUCCACAACUUCUCCCCCGCCUACCAGCAGUACACCCAGCAGUCCACACAGGAGGUGGACCAGCCCCAUCAGAACGGGAAGACGGGCUCUGGCGGUGGGGUUAAACGGCCAAAAAGAAACGACAAGAUGAUGCUGAUCACCUCGGACGACGAAUUCUAGAUCCUGGGGACAGCACACAAUCUAGGGUCAUUCCGCACUGUAGCUGCUGCCCCCGGAGGACCCUCCCUGUCCCACCCAAAGAAUAUGAACACGCGCCGGACUUCAGAGGCAAGGCGGGCGCGUCGGCCACCAGCUUCGUCUCGUCCGCGGGGUGCCGAGACGGAGACUCCGGUGGGUCUCUGAGCAUACCUUAUCCUGCAAAAUGUUUACUAAAAAAAAAAUACAGAAAUGAAAACGUGUGUUGGUAUGAACGAUCGGGCAGAAGCCGUUGUUUUAAAAAGGGAGAAAGCGCCAAAUGUACUUUUUGAGUUCCUGUGUUAUGGAAGAGGAAGCUGUCCGGUACAUCAAGUCUACAGAUUGCCAUCUGUGGGGCUGGGCGACUUGAUCAAUCAUUGUUGAUAUACGAGUAAGUGACAGACAAGCCACAGAAAGCCACCACUUUAUUUGAUUCAUGUCGGUUUAAAGAAGAGGCUUAUGAGUUUCGUGAAUCGGGAAUAGAGAAGACGGGCUGUAACUGCAGGCUGUCGUUGAGAUGCUCAUCUCUGCUGUUAGCAAAACGGAAACAAAAAGCCCACUGAAGCUGUUGAGCUCAUUAAUAGAAAUGCUGUGGAACUGUCGGCUGCACAGAAGACUUCACGUCAGCCUUCAGACAACAGACACUGCUGGCGUGUUCACGGAGCAGGAGAAGGGCCCUGAGAGCAAAGCUGCUGAUGAGUCUGUUUCUUGUUUCCUCUGCUGUAUUAUGACAUGCCAUGCACAAACCAAGGAACGUGCAUUCUACAUCCCCAUUGGAAGAACAGGACUGGCUGAACAAGUGAAUUCACAUAGGGAUCUGUAAAGUAUUGUAGGUAGCACCAACACUGUCAAGAAUGUGUGUUCUAAAAUAAAUGGUUCUGUAAUUAGGCAAUGAUUGUACAGUAUGUUCUUGUUGCAAUUUCUGAAAACUAAUAAAUACACCUGUAAGAAAGUAGACGUUGGUAUACGUAUCGUAGCUGUUGUAGUGUCUGGGUGUGAAAAUGCUUACAGUAUAUACUCACUUGCUGGGGUUUCAUCUUCUCCUAAACUUAACAUUUCUUUGUAAUGUUUUGAUAAUGGGAUACAAAAUCAUUAAUCAAGCAUGCCUUCUAUUUUAACUUUACAUUGUGAUGGUAAUGCGCAAGCAGAAAGAAAAACACUCCUUUACAUUGUCUACAUAUCUCCAUAUUAAUAACAUCGGUGUUUGCAAUUAAAUAUUUGCAUUUUUACAGUCUUUCUUUUCUUAGUGUCCUUUCUCCUGUUGGAAAGAUUUAAAAAAAACUGAACAUGGUCUUUGGACUAUUUUCUCACACAGUUCCUUUGUCUGAUGAUGAUCUUUUUACAGUUGCUCUCCCUUGUCACCAUAUUAACAGUUUGCACAAAACUGAAGACAUUCAAUGUUUCCUGUCAUUCGUCUCAAUUUAGUCAAAUCCAGUCUUGCUGUGUUUUGCUCAUAUAGUAUAUUUCUCAAAUACGUGUGCAUACAGUACAUGAAUACUGUACUUUGGUUCUUAUCAAGAAUGAUCUGGUCGACUGCUGUGUGCUUUUAGAGGUUGAAGAUGUAUUAUGUAUAACAGUGUUGUUCUGUUUCCUCAGUAACUACCAAGUAGAUGGCAACUUGAAAAAGCACUUCUACUGAAGUAGAAAUGGUGGUUAUCUUAUAUCCUGGAGGUAGGAAGCUAUCAGAAGCCUUGUUGUGUGAUAAAGAUCAAUUUCUAUUCAAAUGUACAGUUUUCACCUGUGCCAAUGCCCUACCCCAUGUUUAAUCAAGCUACGAGAAUAGAGAUUCAUGCAAUUUUUCUGCAUUACAAAAAAAUAUUUUUGGGGGCAUACACUUUUCUUGAAAUAUGUUGUGCAUCUGUCCUACUUCAGCCUUGGCCAGGGAAUGAUUCUGCUCAAAUACAAUUAUACAGUACUUUGUAUUUCACAAAUUCUCUGACUGUUUAGUAAUAAAGCUACAGUACUGCUGUAUACAUUUAAAAUAAAACCAUUAUCCAUA